UAAUAAUGCAUAAUUGAAUCACAAGCUUAUCAACAAUGGGGUUCUGGCAAGUUGGAUUUGGAUUGGUGUUUCUUCUGGCACUGGGAUUCUCUGAAGCGCUUUGGAGAGCCAAAAGAAGUAGUAAUUGGACCCCGAACAAUUUUAUGCCUGGGGUGUCGCGAGUUCAGCAGACUGACUCCAGGAUGCCUCCAAUUCCACAGAAAUAUGACCCUAGUAACCUUGUAUUUGCACCCCAAAGGUUUCCUGCUCCAUUUCCUGUCCAGACACCAGCCAGGAGUGAAUUUGGAAAGCUUUCUCAAGAUCUUUUGGGUGUUCAGUCAAAAGAGCUGUUGCUGGGUCCAGUGCAAAAACUGACAUGGAGUUUUCCAAGCCUACCAGAAGAACCACAGCAGCCAGAUGUUCCUUUUGAUUUGCGCUAUCCUGUCCCUGCCAACAGUGUAGCGGCUCGGUGUGCUGAAAACUCCGUAUAUGUGGAGGUGAUGCAAGACUUCUUUGGGAAUGGGAAGCCACUGAGGUCAUCUGCUUUCACACUGGGAGGCUGUACUGCAGCUGGAGAAGACACUUCUGCUCAAGUGCUCAUCUUUGAGUCGGAAUUGCAUGGAUGUGGUAGUACACUAAAGGUGACUGAAGAUGAGCUUGUCUAUAUGUUCAAACUUGUGUAUGCCCCACAAGAGGUUUCAUAUGGUGUUCCUAUUGUUAGGAGCAGUAGUGCGGUGGUUGGUAUCGAGUGUCACUAUUCAAGAAAGCAUAAUGUGAGUAGCGAUGCCUUAAUGCCCACUUGGAUCCCACAUGCCUCUUCUGAAGUUGCAGAGGAGAUCUUUGUUUUCUCCCUCAGGCUCAUGACUGAUGACUGGCGAUUCGAGAGACCUUCUAACCAGUACUUCCUGGGUGAUAUCAUGAACUUUGAGGCGUCUGUGCAGUCAUACAGCCAUGUUCCCAUCCGUGUAUUUGUGGACAGCUGUGUGGCUACAACAGUCCCUGAUGUUGCGUCUGUCCCCAGAUACUCCUUUAUCGAGAACAAUGGGUAAGUGGUGCAC